UCUGUCUUCUUGAAACCGAAAUAAAACCAGAACUGAAGCAUUUCCAUUUCCCUUCCAAUAAUCUCAAUUUCCUUCAUGGCUUUUACCAAUUCUCUCUUCUCUUCUUCAACUCUUCCUCGAUCUCGACUGGCCUAUUCCGAUUUAUCCCCUCUACUUUCUCACGAUUCGUCUCUUCUCAAUUUCAGUGGCAAUUUCUCUCCGAUUUCUCGCAAUUUCUCUCAACAACGACUUCUCCACGCGAGAAAGCAGAAUAUUCUGUAUGCUACCAGUGAUGGUACGAAUGCUGUCAGUUCAACCCCAUUGAAGUCAGAGCUAGAUGCUAAUUAUGUGCCGAUGCCAAUAGUUCUGAUUGACCAGGAUUCAGAUUCAGAUGCGACAAUUGUACAAAUCAGUUUCGGAGACCGUCUUGGAGCUCUUAUUGACACGAUGAAUGCACUGAAAGAAUUGGGUUUGGAUGUGGCUAAGGGAACUGUUGUUACAGAAGGAUCAGUCAAACAAACAAAAUUUUUCAUUACACGAUUGGACACUGGGCGCAAAGUUGAAGAUCCUGAUUUGUUAGAGAGAAUUCGACUUACUGUCAUUAACAAUCUCUUGAAGUAUCAUCCCGAAUCUAGUGUACAACUUGCGAUGGGUGAGGCUUUUGGAAUAAAAGCACCAGAGAAAAAGGUGCUUAACGUUGAUAUUGCUACUCAUGUACAUGUUAAGGAGGAUGGACCUAAGAGGAGCUUGCUCUAUAUAGAAACGGCGGAUCGACCUGGAUUGCUGGUGGAAAUCAUUAAAAUUAUUGCUGAUAUCAAUAUUGAUGUGGAAUCAGCAGUGAUUGACACAGAAGGUUUGGUAGCCAAAGACAAGUUUCGUGUCAGCUACAGAGGGCAAGCAUUAAACAGUUCCUUGUCUCAGGUGCUGGUAAAUUGCCUUCGUUACUACCUUAGAAGGCCAGAAACAGAUAUUGACAGUUACUGAGAAUUGGAUGAAUAACCUGUUUUUAUGGUGGUGAAGUCGAGUAUCAAAAUUGUAUGUUGUGUAUUCUGCUUUCAUCUUACAUAAUUGCAUUCUGUUCCUUAAAAAAGUACUACUGACUCAUUAUCAAUAAUUUUAAGAACAUUGUAACUAUAAACAAUUAAAUAAAAAAAAAAAAUUUAAACUUUUUUGGCC